AUGGCGAACCUCAUCUAGGGGUCGAGUGUGAUAAACUGUCACAUUUUCAUUCUUUUAGCGGGGUUUAUCUUCAGCCUGGUGAGCUAUCCUCACGACCAUGUUCACAAACAUUGCUCUGCGAGCUGUUCUGAAGUCGUCAGUCGAUGUUUUGCGGGAAAGCGUCGCUGUGUCCGUGAAACCCUGGACAUGCAGCUCGACGUUUUUAACGGGACCGAAAGGCGGCUGCGCUGCAGGCGGCUUUGCUGUUCCACCACCAGUGAGACAUUAUGCUCGGGUUGCAAAGAAAACAAAGAAAGGCCCCGUGAGCCAGCUCAGUGAUCUUACUCCCACGAUGCUGAAGAUGGACUAUGCAGCUGUGCCCCUCGCUCAAACGACAGAUGAUAUUGUCAAACGACUCUUGUCUCUGGAGUUGGCGAAUCAUAGUGAAAAGCUGAAGCUGAAAAAGGAACAGUUGGUUGCCAAAGUCCAGAGGAACGAGAAUGACCGCAGCUCAGUGGAAGUCAGGGUGGCUAUUUUGACUGCGAGAAUCAGAAACUUUCAGGAGCACUUGCACAAACACCACAAGGACAAAGCUAACAAGAGGCGGAUGCUCAUGGCUAUUGACCGUCGGAAAAAGCUUUUGAAAAACCUCCGGCUGGUUAACUACGAUGCCUUUGAGAAAGUAUGCGAGCAGCUGGGCAUCACCUACACUUUCCCUCCAGACUACUACAGACGGGCCACACGCCGCUGGGUGGCCAAGAAGGCCUUAUGCAUUAAGGUCUUCAAGGCAGUGCAGAAGCAGAAAGAAGAGCAGAGGCUGUUGAAGCAGAGUCGAGCCCUCUCCUACAUCGAGGCAGCCAAGGCCCAAGCCGCUGAGAGCCAAUAAAAGACAACAUGCGGUAUAUUACCACGAUCGAUUCGACAUGCUUGCGUUCACAUCAUUUACUUUAACACCUUCAGAUAUGUGGCAUGUGGAUAAAUAGCUCACUUAUUCAUGUGUGACCAUCAUACAAUGUUAUUUUAUUUUGCUUUCAUGGUGGAAAUAAAAUAUUCCAGAAAGUUG